AUCCAACAUCCACUCAAAAAGGAAACUACUUACUCACUCUCCCCGCACCGUCCUAGAACCACCUCCGACCACCGUCAUCACCACCCAUAUAUCCCCAUCUCCGACCACCCAACAACCCAUUCAUUUCAUUUUUCACCAUUAAUAGAGAUCACAAUAAUCUCCGCUCAAGGUCUCGAAAAACCAUCCCUCUUCUCCCACCAUCUCCGCCCCUUCAUCACCCUCACCACCACCCCUCCCUCCGCCCCACACGGCAGACAUGUGUUCACCACCACCGUCGCCCAUGGCGCCGGAGUUAAUGUUAAUGUUGAUGUUAAUGAUAAUCACACGUGGGGUGAUAAGUUUGAUCUUUCCAACGUUGUUGAUGCUAGUUUUUUUCAACGUGGGUGUUCAUGCAUUUAUUUAGAGGUGUAUAGUAAGAGGUUUUUGUUGGGGCCUAGGUUUUUAGGGUGGUGUGGGAUUCCGGUGGUGGAUAUUGUUGAUGGGUUUUCGCCGGUGGGGACGGUGAGGCGGUUGAGUUAUCGGUUGAGGAAGAAAGAUGGGUCGAGAACUCGUGGGGUGGUUAAUGUGGCGGUGAAGGUGGAGGGUUCGGUUUUCCGGACGUGGCGGGGUGUGGAUUCCGGUGGGGUACGGUUGCCGGAGAUGGAUUUGGGACGGGUGGCUAUUGGGAUUCCGGUGAAGGGUUUGCCGGUGGUUGGUGGUUUAAGGAGUUCGAGGGCGUCUAGUCAAAUGGUAUUAAGAUAGUUGAAAUAACGUCCUGUCUAAAGAAUGAAGGUUCAGCCGUUAUUACUGGCGAAUCUACAGGCGAAUCGUGUAGAUUUAGAAAAUAUUAAAGAGUGUGAGUUUGCCGUUAAAAAAAAAUGUUAGUGGCAAAUUUGAUAUGGAUAUGAUAGUCUAUGUUAUGAUUAGUUAUAUUGUUUGUUUACAAAAGAUAAUUAUGCUUCGUAAGAUUAAAUUUUGCUUAUUUGACUA